AUGGGCCUGAACACAAGCUCAUGGGAGCCGGAAGAACAUUUGACUGAUACUGCGGUUCAGUCUUACAUGGAAGACCUGGCUCAGCGAGCACUCCCACAACCAGCGGAUGGUGUUGACCCUGGCAACAACUCCAAUGCUGAACUUGAAGCUUGUGUGCAGAAAAUUGACCUGAACAACAUGGAUGAGGAAAUGGUUGAGAAGGAACCUGCUGUUGACUCUCCUGCAAGGGACCCUCCAACUGCUGAAAAUUCCAAGGAGCAGGAAGGGGAGUCUCAGGAGGAUGACAUUGAGUUGGAAGGGGAGGAGGACAUUCUGCAGGCUGAAAUUGCUAAGCUGCAGGAUCAUGCUGUUGAGCAGGAUACGCGCAUCCAGCAGCAGCAGUCACUCAUCACCAACCUCACGAGGGAGCUCUCUGACCAGGACGACAAAAUCAAGUACCUGGAAGUUGAGCUCAAGAACAUGAAGCACGACGCGCGUGAGCACGUUCACCAGCUGGCGAGGCAGACCUCAAAGAUCAACGAGCUGCGCGAGGCCUUCAGUGCCCUCCGAAGGGAGACCAUGUAUCGCCCUGCACCACGAGCGGACCCGCCUACCAACUCUGCUAGCGGUCGCACCAACCCUUCUCGCUCUGGUGGUGCAGGGGGUGACCCUGGUCCUUCUACGCAGCGCGCUGCUGAGCCGAGCACGCAGGCCUUUGGCUCUCUGCCGAUCACCCUGCCGCCAUUCAUACAUGGCAAGACGGACGUGGCUGCGUGGUUGUCAAUAAUGACCGACCUGUUCAAGGCGCACAAGGUCCAGGACGACGCUCGCGUCGUCGCUGCCACCACCGUGCUGGACCAGAACGCACAGCGAGUGGUGUAUGGCAGCAAGAUCCAGGCUGAGGCGGAUAGGAAGCCGUUUGGGUGGGAGGAAUUCGCUUCUGCACUCAAGCAGGCUUUCCAGGUCCAGCCGACCCAGCUGGAGGUGCGCAGUCGCCUUGAGAAGCUGCAGUGCGGGAACCGCACAGUGCAGCAAUACGCUGUGGAGUUCGAGGAGAUUUGGGUGCUGCAGAAACCGGCUGAGCGCAUGAGCGAGGGUGAGAAGAUCCAUCUGUUCUUCAGGGGGCUGCCUGAGCACCUCAAGAACAUGCAUAUGACGGAUGGGGCUGGGGAGGCAUGGCGGUCCUAUGAUCACGUGAAGCGCGUGGUGGGGACCACUGAUAAGCACUUCCGCGCUUAUGCCAAAACCACUACCCAGCCGCAGCAGGCCUCAAGGCCGUCUUCUAGCACUGGGGGUCCGAGUGGAAGGCAGCAGUGUUCGCCUUGGAAGGGCGGGAACCACAAGAGGCCCUUCCAGCAGGGGCAGCAGGCUGACCACAAGGCCAAGAAGGUCAACGAGGGUGGACCAAGCAAUGUCCAGAGCUGCUUCAAGUGCGGCAAGCCUGGACACAAGGGCUAUGAGUUCCGCCACCGCAAGUCGGUGAAGUACUCUGGCAAGCCCAAGACGGACAACAAGCGCAAUGACGGCAGUGGUCCCUCGGGCAGCCAGCGGGAUUUUGCAAAGCCCAACUAG